AUGGAUUACGAACUUGAAAAUAGAUCUAUUGAAGAAGCAGAAAAGCUCAUCAACGAAGAGUACAAAAUGUGGAAAAAGAACUCACCUUUUCUUUACGACCUUGUUGUCACACACGCGCUCGAAUGGCCAAGUCUGACCUGCCAGUGGUUUCCAGACGUAGAAGAAUCUCCGGAUAAGAAUUUCAAGGUUCAGCGUUUAUUGUUGGGAACACAUACAAAUGACGAUGAACCCAAUUAUGUCCAAAUUGCUUCUGUCAAAAUUCCCAUUCUGAAGGCAGAAGAUACACCUGCAGAAGAUACAAGUGACAAUAGCGAAACAUUCAUUAAGAUUACCCAAAAAAUUCCUCACGAUGGUGAAGUAAACCGAGCUCGUUACCAUAAUGAAAACCCAGAUAUCAUAGCUACAAAAUCAAGGGCUGGUGAGGUUUAUGUAUUCGAUAGAACCACUUUUGAUCCUCAACCAAAGAAUGAGUUCAAUCCCACACUGAAGCUUGUUGGUCAUGAUAAAGAAGGGCAAGUGUUUUUGAAAAAGAGAAAAGAAGGCAUCCUAACUGCAGGAUUUGAUGGAAGAAUCUGUCAAUGGGACGUGGAUGGAACAACCAGAGAGAAUCGAGUAUUAGAGCCAGUACGCAUAUACACGGCACAUACAUCUGUCGAGGAUGUUGCAUGGCAUACAAAAUUUGAAUCCAUAUUUGCUUCAGGAGGCGAUGACGCGAGACUCAUGAUCUGGGAUUCACGAAAUGACUCAAACAAGCCAAUCCAUAACAUUCAAGCACAUGAAGCAGAGAUUAAUUGUGUUAGCUUCGCUCCUAAUAGUGAAUGGAUCCUUGCCACUGGAUCAGGUGAUAAGACUGCUGGACUAUGGGAUUUACGUAAUUUGAAAUCACCGCUACAUACCUUAAGAUCCCAUCAAGCAGAAAUUCUUCAACUGUCUUGGUCUCCUCAUCAUGACGCUGUAUUGGCUACCGCAAGCUGCGAUAGAAGAAUCCUUGUUUGGGAUUUAUCUCGUAUCGGGGCUCCUCAGCAUCCUAAAGACGCGGUAGACGGUCCUCCUGAACUAUUGUUUAUGCACGGUGGACAUACAAACAAGAUUUCAGAUUUCAGCUGGAAUCCAGCAGAGCCAUGGGUAUUGGCCAGUACAGCCGACGAUAAUAUUGUACAAGUGUGGCAAAUGGCUAGUAACAUUUAUGAUAAUGAAGAUCAGCCUAAUGAAAGCAACCAACAUGAAGAUCAUGUCAUGACAGACAAUCAAGCUCAUACAGAUACUACAUUAGAUAAUAAGGUGAAUGAUGACAACGCUGCUGCCACGACUACCACUUUAGAUGCACCUAAAGAAGACGAAACGAUGGAAGAAUAA